GAUUGCUAACUUAUUUAUUGAUGUCAUUCAUGUCUGUUUAUUAGUUUGUCUAUCGAAAAUACAUCUAGUCGUUGACCACAGUGAAUUCCUGAUGAUUAUCAUUGGGGGGAAAAAAAGGCGACAUUUCCAAGUGAGCCCAAAGUUUUCAACGGUAGUGUACUGUAAUGUCUCCGGGUCCCGUUAAAUAAUAAAAGAAGGAUGCCUCGCUUGGAUGUGUUGAUCGUCUUAUACUUGAUUGCCACCCGCGCAUUAGCCCCAAGCCCGUUGUCGUUGUUCCCCGUUGUACACCAACCAACCAACCCUCUUUCCGGAGUCCCCCACACUUCGCCACCAGGGGCGCUACACAUACAUGGCACAGUAUAGUGGCAGACAGAUCUGCCGUGAACAUGACAUGUCCAUCCAUCCAUCCGGCAUCCGUUUGUUUUGGAAAUCAACUCUCUGUGUUGUGUGUGUCCCAGGAGCAAGUGCAGUUGAAACACCAGCCACUCGAACCUUUGACGACUAUGAGUGUUCUGGAAAUGUGCUGACGGACUUCCCUGGCCUCUGUGCUCUUUUGGAUAUGAAAAAUAUCCCCGCUCUCAAGACCAGAUCCAGUUCCGCCAACCAAGAAAGCGCCACAGGUGGCAGGCUGGCCCACAAAAAGGCUGCACACGACGUGUUUAAGCCAAUACUCCAAGUGGAGCUGGAAAAUGGAGACCCUUAUUGCACAUUUGGCAUAAAGAUCUUUGGAUGGACUGUAGACGAAGCAAUCGUCCGAGUAUUGAGUAAGAUCAUUUCUGCCUCCGCAACGCUUCGCACCAUUUCCUUUUGGCAGGCCGGACUGACGGAUCCAAUGAUAAUGGCCCUGGUAAAUGCAGCAUGUAUGUGCGCCAGCCUCAGAGUUAUGACAUUGGAGGGCAAUCCUCUGGUGGAUAACAACCAUCACCUUCUAUUUUGUGAAGGAAGCAGCCUGACUCACUUGAACCUACGCAACAAUCGAAUCGAAGAUGAGGGCGCACGUCUUCUCGGGGCCGCUCUCUCCACCGGCACGUCGGCAAACUGGAACCUGACCUCGCUCAACCUCUCGUUCAACCGCAUCGGUGAUGUUGGCGCCGGGCAUAUUGCAAAGGGCCUGCGCUUCAAUCGUUCUCUGCUCUUUCUCUCACUGUCCAACAAUCAUAUCGGAGACUCGGGAGCUACACAACUAGCCACGAUUUUUGGUGAGGUUGUGCUUACUCAUGAAGAAAUUGUGCAGAGGAGGAAACUACUCCUGGAAAAAAGACAUCCUUCGUCCGUUUCGCUGGAUGCGGACCAAUGGUGUGCCGCCAGGCUGUCCAGCGACCAACUGCCGUCUUUAGCCGGCAACGCCUCGCUUAACUCCAAUAAAGCGGAGAACAAGAAUACGGCCAAAAAACGGGAAUCGUCCAAAGCGGAUGGCAAACGAGCUCCCAACAAAGAGCAGAAGUGUCCUAAAAAAUUUGAAGGUCAAGACAUGGAGGAAAAAACCCAUGUGUAUGAUCAGGAGCACAAAAAGUCAGUGGAGAUGGUGAGCCCCCUCCUCAAUGAAUGUGUGCGGCAAAGGGACGGAGCGCUUAUUCUGCCCGGAAACACCACUCUGGCUUCCCUCAGCCUGGCGGGAAACAGGAUCACUGAGCGCUCACUGCCUCACUUCCUGGCAUCCUUGCAGAUGCAAGAGGGAGGUAAAGGUCUGCUGCGUCUCUGCCUGCAGAGAAAUCCAUUUGCUGCAGACUGUGAGCCCUAUAUGAAGAUAAAGGAAGUGAUGGCACUCAGAGACCCUAUGAACAAAACAACGGAAGAGCCGCCAGUCGAAGAAGAGGGUGAGGGCUCGCAAUCCUCAGACACUUGAACUCGACGAGAAAAGUCAAAUUCUCUUUUAGACACUUUGGAAAUGUACAAACUGGCUUUUAGCUUCUUCUUUUUUUUUUUUCAUCUCUUUUUGUAAAUCAGUCAAUAAAAUUCAUUACCUCGA